CAAACAAAGCUCAAGGGUGUGGCUUUGCCUUGUCACCAGGAGGGUAUAUAUAGGGAGGGCAAGAGCUCUGGGCCACUGCGAAGAUUCAAAAGCUACAAAGCUUUCCGCAGACAUUGACAAACCAAUAUAUACAAUGGGCCAACAAUCCAGUGCUGGCGGGGUGAAGAGAAGCACCCCGUGUGAAUCCAACGAGGUGAAUGAGACGAUGCCAGAGACGUCAAGGGGGGACUCACAGCCAGAACCCGCUCCUAAGAAAUCAAAAGCAUCGGACUCCUCGACCGUAUUAGUGCUUUGCUACAGGAGAGAGGUUAGAAGACGUUACUCCGUCUCCGAUGAAUUGGUGAAUGACCACUCCCGAGAGAACCGAAUCAACCGCCUCCAAAUAGACGAGGAAGAAUUCACCCAGAUUUCUGUGGAAACAGCUGCAAACCAGAAGGAAGAUGCUGCCGUUAACCCUGGGCAAUGAAAAUAAAGUUUGAGAAGCUGA